AUGACUAACAAUCAAAACAAGGCAACUACUGCUAUUGCCAUUCAUUACAUGAGAGAAGUGUGGAUGGAGUUUGUUGAGGAGUUUGUGCUUUCGGUAGAGCGAAUUACUGUUUCAGCGAGCUUUUUUUUCUCGUUAUACGGAAUACCAAGGUGGCAAACCUCAACUGAGACAUGGAGCCCACUCUUUGUAACAGUUCAACUAUGUGUAUCCACAAAUAAGGCUUAUAUUCGUUUUCAUAAACAUGAUGCCGUAACUGCUGGAUCUACUCUGUACUCUUUUGAACUACAUUUCUGCAUCAUCGUUGAUAUCAGCUUAGGAAUGACUUCAUUUCAUGGAAAACAGAUUUUCGGGCUGUCAUACCAAAAUCUUUUUUUCUUUGCAUUAAUUUACCACAAGCAGGUUAACUGA